GGGCUGGGGCCGGGAGAUGCCCCCUCCUCAGCCUGUCUGGGCAUGGAGCCAGGGCUGGGGCUGGGAGGCAUGCUAGGACAUUCUUCAGCGUUCGGAAGCAGAUAAGCAGACCCCGGCUGCGGUGAGAGCGGGCAAAACACAACAGAAAGAGCCUCGGGGCUCCAGGAUGCAAAUCCCACGGCAGGCCCUGGUUGCAAAGCUCAGGGCGAUUCUAGAAGAGCCUCUGCCAGGCUUGGGAAAUCAGCCAUGAUCCAAUAACCCUGCCCCUACCCCAGAUUGUUCAAAAGGCUGGACCGUGUCAUUUCCUCCUUCAGUUGUGCUGGAAAUGUUGACUAGGAAUUCUGUGAUUAUAGUUUGGCUUCCUAUGACUACUAAGGAACCAUGGAAACCACACAAAUCUGAACUGGGGUUUUCCUCAUAAGGUUGGAGUCAUUUUUUUUCAAGGAAAACCAACUCAGAGUGCAGCUGGCAAUUCAGGGGAUGACUCACAGGUCCCAGGAGAGCUUCCAGCUGUGGCAGCAAAGGUACUCAUUAACCAGUCUGAAGACCUGUGGCAUCUGACAGUGCUUGCUGCGCAUCAUCCAGCUGCAAAUAGAUGCCCAAAGUCUCAUGCCGAAUUGUCCCAAAGAGGAACGCCAGGAAAAGCUCUGGUGCAGCAUGAGGGCCCUUCUGACGGGGGAGAUGCAGCCGGGUUUCAUCAGCUUCCAAGCCCCUGAAAAUAGGCAAGAAGGACUGAGACGUGCCAAAACCCCUCCAGAUGCAAAGCUGGAGGACUGCGCCUUGCAAGUGCUAACUUCCGGAUACUAUUUGGACCUGGAACUUUCGCUGCUGGAACAGAAGGACGAUCUGGAAGCAUUCUACGAAGACAUCAGCAAAGGGAGGCGGCCAAUCCUGCUCCUGCGCACGCAGCUCUCGGUCCGAGUGCAUGCCAUCAUCGAGAAGCUGUACCGUUCCAAGGGUCCGGAGCUGAGGCGUUCCCUCUUCUCCCUCAAGCAGCUUUUCCAGGAUGACAAGGAUCUGGUGCCCGAGUUUGUGAACUCCGAAGGGCUGACGUGUCUCGUCUCAGUGGGAGCUGAAGCUGACCAGAACUACCAGAACUACAUCUUGCGGGCUCUCAGCCAGAUCAUGCUGUUUGUGGACGGAAUGAUGGGGGUGAUCCAGCAUCCAGAGACAGUGCAGUGGCUCUACACCUUGACGGGCAGCCUGUACCGCCUGGUGGUGAAGACGGCCCUGAAGCUGCUCCUGGUCUUUGUGGAGUUCACCGAGUCCAAUGCCCAGCUGCUGAUCCAGGCUGUGGGGACUGUAGAGCAGGUCAGAGGUGCCUUUCCGUGGUCUCGCCUUGUGGCCAUCCUGGAGCAGAAGAGCGGGGCUGACACUGAGCUACAGGUGUUUGCAAUGACCCUCAUCAACAAGACGUUGGCUGCCCUCCCUGACCAAGACUCCUUCUACGACGUGACAGAUUGUCUGGAGCAGCAGGGCAUGGAGCGGCUCGUCCAGGCACACCUGGCCAGCAGGGGCACGGACCCGGAUCUGAGGCAGCAACUUGCCCUCUAUGAGAAUGCCCUGAAGGAGGAGGAUGGGGCAGAAGAGCCUCUGCUGGGCACCCGUGCCAAGGAGCGGCGGAGAGGGGACGAGGGCCGGCAGGGGGCCCGGCGCUCCUUCCUCAGUGCUGUGGGCCAGGAGGAGGACAGAGGUGCCACUGUUGCUGCAGAUGCCUUUCCGGGCCUGGAGGGAGAGAGCUGUGAGCAGCCGCCCAGCUCGAAGGGCUCCUACAGCAGCACCUCCUGCAUGCAACUCUCUGCGCCACUGGCCCCCGUGGAAGGAGAGCAGCUGGCUGGCCUGGGCGAGAGGAGCAUUUUCAAACUUCACGAAACAGCCUCUGCUUGGCAAGAGGAAGCCCCCCCGGUAUGUGGGGACAAGCCCAUUCUGAGGCUGUUUGAAGCCCGUUUUUUAGAAAACCUGGCUGCCUCUCAGAAAGAGAAGAUCAGUGCCAUCACCCGGGGACGAGCAGAAGUUCUUGCUGAAGCGGUUUCAAGCACUGAGCAAGUGGCCCCAGUGCCCCUUUCUGCCACAGGGAGGCAGAGUGAAGGACAAAACGGAAACGCCAACGGGAAAGAGCCCAGCUCAGAGCCUGGUUUGGAUCGCGAGGAGGGCAGGGAGAAUGUGUCCCCCAAGGAUGCCCCUCUAAGCCACCUCUUUGACACCUCCUGCAUCUUGGGCCCAGACCCAGAAUGUGCCCCGGGUGGCAUCAGUGGGGCUCUCGAGAGCAGCAAUGCUUCUGUGAAGAGAAAACUGAUGCUCGACAUGCUGUUCGCUAAUAAGAGCCCGCCAGGCACGGAGAGGACGCUGCUCUCAGAUCAAGGCAUGGAAGAGACGGGGAGGAUGGGGCACCGGGAAGAGGAGAGCCAGGAGAGGAUGGGGCAACAGACCGAAUCUUGGGCCCUCCCCUUGCAAAGCCAGUUCAGUGUUGAAGCUGAAAUCAGUCUGAAGAGCCUGGACAGGGCUCAAGUAAUGGGAGGUCCACUGGUGCUUGCUUCUCAACCUCUGAAGAUCCAGGAUCUGGACUUCUCAGACCUGUGUGAGGAGGAAGAUUUUGAUGUACAAGAAGCAAAGGUGGUGGCCAAGACAGCCUUGCCCCACAUGGCUUUGGGAGCAAGUGAGGACCUGGCUCCUCCUCCCAUUCCCGGUUGUGCUCCACCUCCUCCGGCUCCGCCUCCCCCAGCUGGCAUACCUGGUCCACCCCCUCCGCCUCCAUUCGGCAGCCCCCUUGGGGGAGAAGCCAGCUCCCCUGCAAAGAAAAAGAAGACCGUCAAGCUCUUCUGGAAGGAGCUGAAAGACAUAGAUGGCCCUGCCUGGAAAAGUCGGUUUGGGCAGGUUACUCUGUGGGCAUCCCUGGAGAAGGUCGAGAUUGACUCCGCUAAGCUGGAACAUCUCUUUGAGUCCAGGGCAAAGGAGGCUCCGAGUUCCAAGAAAGCUGUAGACGGAAGGAAGGUGAUUGUGAUCCUGGAUCCCAAGAGGAGCAAUGCCAUCAAUAUUGGCUUGACGGUGUUGCCUCCCAUCCACGUCAUCAAGACGGCCAUUCUCAACUUCGAUGAGUUUGCAAUCAAUAAGGAAGGGAUUGAGAAAAUAUUGACAAUGGUUCCCACAGACGAGGAGAAGCAGAAGAUCCAGGAGGCCCAACUGGCAAACCCGAAUCUCCCUCUGGGGUCAGCUGAGCAAUUCCUGCUCACACUCUCCUCCAUCACAGAGCUCCCUGCUCGCCUCCAGCUGUGGGCUUUCAAGCUGGACUACGAAGCCCUGGAGAAGGAAAUUGUAGAGCCUCUGUUCGAUCUGAAGCUGGGCAUGGAGCAACUAGCCAAAAACCAGACCUUCAGGUGUAUUCUGGCCACCCUUCUAGCCAUGGGCAACCUCCUGAACGGCUCCCAGAGUCGAGGGUUUGAGCUCAGCUAUCUGGCCAAAGUGUCGGAGGUAAAAGACACCGUCCACCGACAGAGCCUCCUGCACCACCUGUGCCACUUCGUGGUGGCAGAGUUCCCAGCCACCACAGACCUCUACUCGGAGAUCGCUGCCCUCACCCGCUGUGCCAAGGUGGAUUUUGAGGAGCUGGCAGCAAGUCUCCUGCAGCUGGAGCGCCGGUGCAAAGCCUCCUGGGAGCACCUGAAGGCCAUUGCAAAACACGAGUGCAAGCCAGCACUCAAGAGCAAGCUGCUGGAUUUUCUGCAGGCCAGUACAGAGAAAAUGGGACUCCUUAAGAUCGUCCACCGGCGGGUGUUGAACAGGUUCCGCUUGUUUCUCCUGUUCCUGGGUUACGACGCACACUCGGCGCAGAACAUGAGGGUUACCAGCUUCUGCCGGCUCCUGCGGGAGUUUGCCCUGGAGUACCACACGUGCCGAGAGCGUGUCCUGCAGCAGCAGAAGAAGCGGGCGGCCUAUCGGGAGAGGAACAAGACACGGGGCAGGAUGAUUACUGAGAUGGAGAAGUUUGCUGCAGCUAGCAAGACCGAAGACAGCUGUGCCCCUCAUGCUGUGCUAUCAGCCAGCCCAGAGCAAAAGGACGAAGCCAGCCAUAAAGACAUGACCAGUUUGCUCGUCUCCCCAGCAGAAGGCCCUGGCCAUCGCUCUCGCACCAGCAGAGGUGCUGGGAAGCAGAGUCCCGCCGGAGGGUCCACCCCGCAGGAGGAAGCUGCUGGCUCUCUCGAGGAUGCUUCUGAGGAGAUCAUGAACCGCCUGGUCAAGUCUGUGACCCAGAGGUCUCCUGCACGCUCAGGCCCGGCCAAAGAGCGCCGGCGGUCACGCGGGAACAGGAAGUCCUUGAGGCGGACCCUGAAGAGCGGCCUGAGCGAGGAGCUGGUGCAGGCUCUGGGCCUGGCACAGUCAGCCGGCGUGGCGGUCUGAGGAACCCCACGAGGCCGUGCCUGAGCUGGAAGAAGCAGGAGGGGAAACUGGAGAAGCUUUUCCCUUUGGGAGGUUGCCUCCCUUCACCGAGAGGGGCUGGGGGGGGGGGUCUCGCUUGGCCCCUUCUGCCUUGAGGAGAGCAAGCUUUGCUUGGCCAAAGCUUUGUGUUUGGCCUGUGUGCUUGUGUGGCUGCUCCCACUCAGGGCUGGGGAGCUGAGGCCUCGGUUUCAGAGGGUGGAGGGUGGCUGCUGUUCACCCCACCCACCCACCCAUCCAAGUCCUGCAAUGGGGAAGGGCAGGCUUAAUGGAGAACAGGCCAAAGGAACAGCUCUCCCUGCCCAGCCCCUCUGCUGCUGCUGCUGCCGCCGUCGCUGCCUCCGUCCAAGGAUGAGCCUCCGAGGCCUGCUUGGUCCUUCCUGGAAUUCAGUGUUAGAAACGAGAAGUAAAAGCUGUUCUUGCGAAUCUGGCCAGGCGGCCGUCUUUCUCGUUUCCUAUCCCGUCUGUUACCUUUUCAGUUGCUGUUCAUUAAGUGGUUUGAAAACUGAGCUGUCUGGAAUUCCCACCCCACCCCCAACAGAAAAGGACUGUUGGCUA